UUUCCCAGUCAACGCAAGCAACAAUGGUGCUGCUCCUUGAGUGUCUCUUGCUCGCCCUCGUCUCUCUAGCAUGCUCUACCAUAAACAUGGCAGGGACCUCACUUGCAGCUCAUCCAGCGUCCACCUCAAACAUCUCCGACCACUUCGCACUCGUGUCGUUCAAAUCUCACAUAAUGAGUGACCCGUCCCGAGCCCUUGCGACAUGGGGCAACCAGUCUGUCCCGACGUGCCGGUGGCGUGGCGUGUCGUGUGGCUUAAAAGGACACCGCCAUGGCCGUGUGGUGGCAUUGGACCUCGGCGAGCUCAACCUUGUUGGCACCAUCACUCAUGCGUUGGGAAACCUCACGUACCUGAGGCUGCUCAACCUUUCGUCGAAUCACAUCCAUGGGAUCCUGCCACCAGAGCUAGGUAAUCUCCAUGACCUUGAGGACCUGCAACUUAGCUACAACUACAUCGAAGGGGAGAUUCCGUCGUCACUCUCCAACUGCAGCCACCUUGUCAAUAUUUUGAUCGAUGUCAACCAAUUGCAAGGAGGGAUACCAGUCGAGCUCAGCUCAUUGCGCAAUGUCCAGUCAGUCAACCUUGCCCACAAUAUGCUUACUGGAAGAAUUCCUUCCAAGAUUGCAAGCCUUUUAAGUCUGAAACAGCUCAACCUAAAAUUUAACAACUUGACAGGAGAAAUUCCAACGGAGAUAGGAGCACUUGUCAAUCUCAAUUUUCUAGAUCUAGGUUUCAACCAGUUUUAUGGAACCAUUCCUGGUUCACUUGGAAACCUCUCAGCAUUGACAUCGCUCAGAAUCCCCUCCAACGAACUAGAAGGACGUAUCCCGACACUGAAAGGUCUAUCAUCUCUCACUGAACUUGAGUUGGGAAAAAACAAGCUCGAAGGAACCAUUCCAUCUUGGUUAGGAAACAUCUCUUCACUAGAAAUCAUUGAUCUUCAGAGAAAUGGUAUAGUUGGUCAAAUCCCAGAAUCCUUAGGAAGUCUUGAGCUGCUUACAAUCCUCUCUCUCUCGUCCAACAGACUCUCAGGUUCCAUACCUCAUGAGCUCGGAAACCUCCAAGCCCUGACUGGACUUUUCAUAGAUAAUAAUGAACUAGAAAGCACUUUGCCGCCUUCAAUAUUUAAUAUAUCUUCUCUUCAGAUUCUGAAUGUACAAUUCAAUAAUUUGACUGGAAAGUUUCCACCUGAUAUGGGCAGCAUGCUCCCAAAGCUAAAUGAAUUUCUUAUAGCAUAUAAUCAAUUUCAAGGCAUGCUCCCACCAUCCUUGUGCAAUGCUUCGAUGCUUCAACAAAUUCAAGCAACAAACAAUGCCUUGUCAGGAACAAUACCCCAAUGCCUUGGAACCCAUAAGGACCUGACUGUGGUGGCGUUAGCAGGAAACUGGUUUGAAGCAAGAAAUGAUGCUGACUGGGACUUUCUUGCAAGUCUAACCAACUGUAGCAAUUUGAAACUCUUAGAUGUUAAUACCAACAGUCUCCAAGGUGCGCUCCCUAAUUCAAUUGGUAAUCUCUCGACACGGUUGGAGUAUCUUAACAUAGGAGAAAACGACAUAACUGGAACAAUAACACAAGGAAUAGGAAACCUCAUUAACGUGAAUGAACUUUACAUGGCAAAUAAUCUUCUCAUAGGUUCUAUUCCAGCAUCUCUUGGCAAACUAAAGAAGUUAAAUGAACUGAUGUUUUCAAAUAAUUCUUUCUCCGGAUCCAUUCCUGCAACAUUGGGCAAUCUAACUAAACUUACUAUCCUCACACUCAGUAGUAAUGUGAUUAGUGGAGCUAUACCUUCUACUCUCAGCAACUGUCCUUUAGAAGUUUUGGAUCUUUCUCACAACAAUCUUUCUGGUCCGAUACCUAAAGAACUAUUUUUCAUAUCAACACUGUCAAGUUUCAUGGAUCUUGCGCACAAUUCCCUAUCUGGGACAUUGCCAUUAGAAGUGGGUAAUCUAAAAAAUUUAGGUGAACUUGAUUUCUCCAGCAAUAUGAUUUCUGGUGAAAUUCCGAUAUCUAUCGGCGAGUGCCAAAGCUUGGAAUAUCUCAACAUAUCUGGAAACCUGCUCCAAGGGACCAUUCCACUUUCACUAGGAAAUCUAAAGGGUCUCUUGGUGCUUGAUCUUUCCUACAAUAAUCUAUCUGGGACCAUCCCUGAAAUCCUUGGCAACCUGAAAGGCCUUUCUUCCUUGAACCUCUCAUUUAACAAAUUCCAAGGUGGUCUUCCAACAGAUGGGGUAUUUCUCAAUGCGUCUGUCAUCACAGUUACUGGAAACGAUGACCUGUGCGGUGGUAUCCCUCAAUUGAAAUUACCACCCUGCUCAAACCACACCACCAAGAAGCCACCUCAGAGGCUCGGCAUGGUAGCCCUAAUAUGCGGAGCGGUUGUUUUUGUUACAUCAGUAGUUGUGCUGUCUGUGUUCUACCAAAACUGCCGGAAGAAGAAAGCAAACCUACAAAUUUCUGUCAUAAACCAGCAAUAUAUGAGGGUUCCUUAUGCUGAAUUGGCCAGUGCAACAAAUGGUUUUGCAUCUGAGAACCUCAUAGGAGAAGGGAGCUUUGGCUCAGUCUACAAAGGGAGAAUGAGAGGCGACGGCCAGCACAUAGCUGUUGCUGUUAAGGUUCUCAACCUCAUGCAACGCGGCGCAACUCAGAGUUUUAUUGCAGAAUGCGAGACUUUAAGAUGCGCUCGGCAUCGAAACCUUGUGAAGAUCUUGACAGUCUGCUCCAGUAUUGAUUUUCAGGGCCGUGACUUCAAGGCCCUUGUGUAUGAGUUUUUACCAAACGGAAAUUUAGACCAAUGGCUGCACAAAAUAUCACAGGACACAGGAGAUGGUGAACAAAAAUCGCUAGAUCUGGCAGCAAGGCUAAGCAUUGUAAUAGAUGUGGCAUCUGCGGUUGAUUAUCUACACCAAUAUAAGCCAACACCAAUUAUUCACUGUGAUCUUAAACCAAGCAAUGUUCUCCUGGAUAGUGACAUGGUUGCUCACGUUGGGGAUUUUGGUCUUGCGAGGUUUCUGCAUCAAGACAAAGACAAAUCAAGUGGCUGGGCAUCAAUGAGAGGAUCGAUUGGCUAUGCGGCCCCAGAGUAUGGACUGGGUAAUGAAGUCUCCACUCAUGGGGAUGUCUACAGUUUUGGUAUACUGUUGCUGGAGAUUUUCACUGGAAAAAGUCCAACAGACAGUGAAUUUGGAGAAGCCAUUGGACUCCGCAAGUACGUUCAAAUGGCAUUUCCAGACAGAGUGAAUACCAUCAUGGACCAACAACUACUAACUGAGACAGAAACCAAUGAAUCAAACAUGUCUUGCUCUGGCAGCACUAGAAUCUCCUGCGUCAAUUCCAUUCUGCAAGUUGGAAUUUCCUGUUCAGAUGAAACAACAAUAGAUCGCCCACCAAUCGGAGAUGCUCUUAAAGAGUUGCAGGCAAUUAGAGACAAGCUUCACAAGCACCUCUCUGGCUCUCAGUUGAAGGAUCAUCAUUGUCAAGCCAAUGACAUGUUUGAAGGAUUUUCUGGCGCUUGAUGCCUUGAUGCUUUACCGUCCACUAUAUUAAUCGUGAAUUGCAAUCUGGGAUUUGUGUGAGUUCUUGUUAUCCAGGAUAGUAUUUUAAAAAAUGCUUCAUCUUGUUCAAAAACGAAGUUUUUCUAGUUGUUCUGGCAAAAUGGAUUGUCGGAUGUUAGCCUCGGCUACCAUAUAUCAUGUAGUAGUAUAUGAUUUGAACUACUCGUGUUCUGUUUCAGAAUGGUCACAUAAUCAUAUUUAGGGUGCAAACUGAGCCUAUGCUCAA